UUGUACAUCAUGGGCGUUUAAGUAGGGUUGUGUUCUGCUUCGGUCAUGGUUCAUUACAGAUGACUUCAACGGGCUUCUAGGCAAACUCUACCUAUCCUUCUCCUACUGUUGUACAAGUCAUCAACUAGAAACAUGUCCCUGAUGUCCACCCUCGGACGCACAUGCGCACUCGCUCUGGGCCUCGUUGCUGCGGCUACGGCCGGGCCUUGCGACCUUUACGGCGCGGCCGGAAACCCUUGUGUUGCAGCACACAGCACCACUCGAGCCCUGUAUAGUGCCUACAACGGUUCGCUCUACCAAGUACGACGCGCCGACGGUGCCACCACCAAUGUAGCACCGCUCUCCACCGGCGGCGUUGCCAAUGCUGCCACUCAGGACUCAUUCUGUGCUGGGACGACCUGCGUCAUCUCCAUCAUCUACGACCAGUCCGGCCGCGGCAACCACCUCACCCAAGCACCGCCCGGGAGCGCCGGCAGCGGCCCGGCCCCCGGAGGAUACGACAACCUAGCUAGCGCGACUGCUGCACCGGUCUACUUGAACGGCCACAAGGCGUACGGUGUCUUUGUGGCGCCCGGCACCGGAUAUCGCAACAACGCUGCCAAGGGCACGGCCACGGGCAACGCGGCCGAGGGCCUGUACGCGGUCUUGGACGGGACGCACUACAACGGCGGUUGCUGCUUCGACUAUGGUAACGCCGAGACCAACAGUGCCGACACGGGUGCUGGCCACAUGGAGGCCAUUUACUUUGGAAACUGCAAUGUCUGGGGAACGGGACAGGGAAGUGGACCGUGGAUCAUGGGUGAUCUGGAGAAUGGCUUGUUCUCUGGCCAGAACGCCAAAUACAACGGGGGCGACCCGGCCAUCAAAUACCGCUUCGUCACGGCGGUCGUCAAAGGAGACUCGUCCAAUCUGUGGGCGAUCCGCGGCGGCAAUGCGGCUUCCGGCUCGCUAUCGACCUACUAUAGCGGCCCGCGUCCGUCCGGCUACUACCCGAUGAAGAAGGAGGGCGCUAUCAUACUCGGCAUCGGCGGCGACAACAGUCACGGGGCCCAGGGCACCUUUUACGAGGGGGUUAUGACCACCGGCUAUCCAUCCGACGCGGUCGAAAACUCGGUUCAGGCCAAUGUCGUGGCCGCCGGAUACGCUGUGUGAAUUCGAUUUGACCAUCCGGCAUGCAACAAUUGUCUAGUCGGAGAACUGUGGCUUGGUGGAUGCGCUCAAGGGUUUCUAUAACAGUUGUUAGCGAGCGGGUAAAUGCAGAAUGUGCUCCCUCUGUCUCCAUGUUUCCGUCUGUGAUUACCCUUUGUUAGCUGUACCCCUAACCCUAAGCCUGGGGACACGGUAGUUGAUGUUGACUUCCACGGGAGAUGACGACAAUCCCUCGAUCCAUUUGGUUCAGCUUGUUAGGAAAGGAAGUUCUAGGUUCUGGCCUUCACCCAAGUAGACGACGCUAGCCUUUGCACUCGA